AUGUUGGCAGCCAAUGCCGCGUUGAAACGGGACGGCAGUGCUGCACAACUUGAGGCUGAGACAGCAGCCACCGAACGUCCCAGCUUUGGCCGCCGGCUCCUCAGGAAAAUAUCGACGCCCAGCUUCUCGCUCUUCUCAAAAAACAAGCCCGCGGACGCAGAAGGUUCCAAGCCGCGCACCAUUCAGCCGCACAACAUUCGGCACCUCACGGGCGGCCUGGCGCCACUGCCGCUCUCGGGACAGGCUGAGCUGGUGCCUGAUGCCCAGCUCCGUCUGAACGAGACGGGCAACGUGCUGGCGCGGGAGAAAGCCCUGAGGGUGCUCGGGGACGGCCCCAAGCUUGCGCCUGCCCCUUCGCCCGCCAACGCACCCGCCGACCCCUUCUCGCCCACUCCGCGCUCGACUCGACUGCCCACCGAGUUCGAAACACGCCUGCGUCCGCGGGCAAUUUCGGACGGAUCCCUCACGGGCCCUCCCCUGGCGCACAACCCCUUCGCGUCGGAGCGCGUGAUGACCAGCGCGCUGGACUCGUGUUUGCCGGGGCCACCCGAGGGGUCUCCCGCCCCGCCGCGGCCUGCCCCCUUUGAGCCCACUACCACCCGCCCCAUCACUACCGCUUCCAGCACCACUGCCCCGCCCACCAUCCGCGGAGCGUCGCGCAGCUUUUCCCACGCCGACGUUCCCCAACCGGCCCUGCUGCCCUCUCGACACCCGACCCCGUCACACGACGCAACCCGACGCACACUUGGGACGGUCAGCACCACGACCCCGACAGCCGUCGCGACCGCCGUCCCAAGUGUGCUGGGUGUGCUGGCAAGUCGUGUGUCGCUGCUGCCGCCUCUGCACCCGCCGGUUGUGGAGGAAUAUGAGGUUCCGGGGUCGUCGGUGGUGUUGCUGCCCCCGCCCCCGCCACACCAAGUCUUGGCUCGUGGUCGGCGCGACACCCUCCCGCGCCGCAAGAGGCACCCCGCUCCGGCGAGGCAUGACCUCGAGCGGCUCGAGAGGGAGUUCGUCGCGCAGUUUCCCGGGGUCGUCUUUGGUGGCGAUUGCCGGCGGGACGAGGCUGGGGAAGGGGUGUCGUCGUCUGUGGCUGGUUAUGGCGAGGGUAGUGGUGAUGGUUCGCUGUCGCUUGGGGAUGGGACAUUUGGGCCGUUUGGCGCUGGGAGUGGGGUUGGCGGAGGAGAGGAGGAGGUGGGCGGGAACGGCUCGCGGGCGGGGAGUCGGUCCUCUUCGGAGGGCGAGGAGACGAGCGAGUGGGAAGGGGAGGGUGAGGAGGAGGGACAGGGGGGGUUGCGACCGCUGCCAGGAUUUUUUUGA